ACACACCACUUUUUUCCCCCGAUCGCCACGCAACCCAAGCUCCUCCCUCUUUAACCACCGCGCUACCACUACCGAUCACAACUUAAGUCCGCUCUUCCGCAUUCACUUACCCAAUACCGACGCACACGAACCAACUAUGCACCCGACCCCCGCACCACCCGCAAAAUGACCUCCUCGCUCUCCUUCUUCACGCGGCGGGUGUACCAGCUGCCCGUGCCCCCGAUCUCGAAACACAAGCACUACAACCGCGCGAGCUUCAUCGACUUCGCGCGGCGGCACGAGCUCUCGCGGACGUCGACGCUCUUCAUCGGCAACCUGUACGAGUACACGGUGCAAACGGAGCUGCGGCACGCGGCGGCGCUGCUGCUGCACCGCACCGGCGGCCGCAGCGACAACGGCAUCGACCACCUGGGCACGUGGCACCUGCCGGGCCACGAGCAGCCGAUCCACGUCGCGGUGCAGUGCAAGGCGCACCGGCGGCGCGUGGGGCCGCAGUGCAUCCGCGAGCUGGAGGGGGUGGUAGCGCGGCGGCAGGGAGCGGGGCAGGCGGGCCCGCGCGUCGGGAUGCUGGUCAACCGGCGCGAGGCGUCGGCCGGGGUGCGCGCGGCGCUGCAGCGGAGCGCGCUGCCGCUCGUGUACCUGAUGGUGGAUCUGCGGGGGGUGCUGCGGCAGGCGCUGUGGAAUGAGGCGGUCGAGGCGCUGGGCGUCGCGCCGCUGGGCGUCGAGGUCCCCUACCCGCCGCCCAUCCGGUUGACCUGGGACCAGGCCCAGGGCCACGGCGGGGCGCUGCCGCUGCCGGGCAUGGAUCAGAUCGAGGCGCGCAUGCUGCAGCAGGAGGAGAAGUGGUGGGCGCUCUGGAACCUGGCGCCCGAUGAUCAGGAGACCCGCUACGAGGCGCUGUCGGUCAUCCAGAGCCGGUUCCCCGAGGAGAAACCGCUGCUCUGGGCGACAGGCGGCGUGCCGAGUUUGCUGUCGGAGCGGGAUCGCCAGGGUUUGCUGCGCGAGUUGAAGAUGAUGGGGCUGAGUGAGGGGGUCGCGGUGGAGGGGAAGUCGGAGGCAGAAGAGUCACAAUCGACGCUUAGUCCUACGUGA